AUGCCAAAGGCAAGGAAUCCGAGUCUCUGGACUCACCUCGAGAGUCACUUCCAGAUGAGACCGCCAGACGACGACGAGCCGCAAGACUGGUGGGUCGCAUCGACCGCGAUCCCCCUCGCAGCCGCCACAACAGGACCCCUGGCGAACCUCAUGUCCAUCGUUGCGCUGGUGAGCCCGUGGCGGAAUAACAUUCUCUGGGACCAAGUCGGCGUAGAUGGGACGGUGGUGGAAGUUGGAUUUGCGGAUCCGAAAUGGUGCAUUGCUCUCAAUGCCUUCUCGCUCGCAUGCGGUCUGGCGGGGAAUAUCUUCCUGCUGUGCAACUUUACCCGCGUGAUACGGUAUAUCGUUGCGUUGCCACUGUCGAUUUGUCUCUGGCUGCUGUCAACGGCUAUCUUAGCCGGCCUAACAGCCUCAAUGUCCAUAUACGAACCCCCCACGCCCCCAAACCAAACCUUCUCCCAAGCCUACUGGAGCGCCGUGAUCUCCGCAGCCCUCUACUUCCUCCUCUCGCUCACCCUAAUGGUCAACAUGCUCGGCUACUUCCUCGGCCACUACCCACAGAACUUCAUACUCACCGACGACCAGCGCACCCUAAUCCUGCAAACAAUGGCCUUCAUCGCGUGGCUCGCCAUCGGCGGCGCGAUCUUCUCGCAGGUUAUCGACAUCGCCUACGCCGACGCCGUCUACUUCUCCAACGUCACGAUCCUUACCCUCGGCUUCGGCGACAUCACCAGUCCCGACCCUGUAGCCCGCGGUCUGAUCUUCCCGUAUGCAGUAAUGGGGAUCGUCAUGCUGGGUCUGGUGAUCUCGAGCAUCCACCGCUUUGCAGGGGAAUUGCAGCGCGAUAAUCUUGUGAUGAACCACAUCGAGCGCAAACGCAAGGCUGUCGUGCGGCGCUCUGAGUCUCAAACCGAGCCUAGUGGUCCUGACACCGGCCCCGCCACCGAGCUCUCAUAUCGACAGCGCCAUACCCGACGACGUCCCAUCGUAAGCACCAUCACGGCCGGAGGAAACCCCUUCAGACGAAGCAGCACAGGCACACGCCUCAACCUAAUGCGCGAGGAACGCGACCGCUUCAAUGCCAUGCGGUCAAUCCAAGCGCAGACCGCGCGGUUCCAACGCUGGACAAGUCUAGCGGUUAGCAUCAUUGCCUUCGCGAUCGUCUGGACAUGCGGCGCGCUAGUUUUCUAUGCGCUCGAGGAUAGCCUGUCGUACUUUGACGCGCUGUACUUUGGCUUCUGCUGCCUGUUGACGAUUGGGUACGGGGAUGUGACGCCGACGACGAAUGCGGCGCGGCCGUUCUUCAUGGUUUGGUCCUUGCUGGCCGUGCCAACGAUGACGAUACUGAUUUCGAAAAUGGGUGAUACGCUUGUUGGUGGGUUUAAGGCUGCGACGAGCUUUGUGGCGACGAGGACUUUUUUCUUUCCGGAACGGGGUCACUAUGCUUGGGGUUAUAGGGGGAUGGGGAAGGUCUUGAAGGUCUUUGGGAGGAGCUCAUCAUACCGAGUUCCUGCCCAAGACAACCUAGCUAAGAUUUCGGAAGAAAACCAUAAUCUAGACGUGGAGGAAGGGACAACGUCAUGGCGACGCACGCCUCCAGGCCAAGGCAGCUCCCAGAAAAAGAAGUUGAUGUCGCUCGAAGAUCUCGCGCGGAACCCAAGUCCUCCCUCGCCGGAACUAGCACAGCAACUCGCCCAGGCCAUUCAGCAAACCAUUAAAGACGCGCUGACCGGCGAAGCAAAAGAAUACAGCUACGAGGAGUGGGUCGGCUUCACGCGGUUGAUCCAGUUCACGAAUCCAAAUGUCAAUACCAACAACACUCCAAUGACAGGAAUGAAUGGCGACGGGGCGGCAAGUGGGAGCGGAAUGGCGCUUGAUGAAGACGAGUACGGUGUGCUGAGCUGGGACUGGAUCGGAGAGCAGAGCCCGUUGCUGGCGGAGAAGACGGAGCCCGAGUGGGUGCUGGAUCGGCUUUGUGAGAGCUUGGUCAGGUAUGUUUCUAUGCAGGGGAGGGCGGGAGACGUUGGAUGA